AUGCUUAGGGCUUUUAGAAGCGCAAUUCCUCGCGCUCAAUUAAUGAAAGCUCAAGUAAAACCAUUUGUUCGUUUAUUUGCUACCGGUCAAGACUCGUUUUUAUUGAGCAACAAUGCCAACUAUAUUGAUGAAAUGUAUGCUGCUUGGAAACAUGAUCCAUCCAGUGUUCAUAUUUCGUGGAAUGCUUACUUUAAGAACAUUGAAUCAAGUAACGUUCCUCCAUCCAAGGCGUUCACGGCUCCGCCAACCAUUAUUCCUACAGUAGCAGGAGGUGCCGCCGGAUUCGUUCCAGGAUCAUCACCAACUAACGAGGACGUCGUUACUCACUUGAAGGUUCAAUUGUUGGUCCGUGCAUACCAAGUUAGGGGGCACCAAAAGGCCAAGAUUGAUCCUUUGGGAAUCUCUUUUGGUGACAACGAUGUUGUUCCAAAGGAAUUGACUUUAGAACACUACGGUUUCACCGAGGCCGAUAUGGACAAGCAGAUCACCUUAGGUCCUGGUAUUUUACCUAGAUUUGCCGAAGGUGGUAAGAAAUCGUUAACAUUGAGAGAAAUCAUUUCAAACUGUGAAAGAUUAUACUGUCAAUCGUACGGUGUUGAAUACAUCCACAUUCCAUCUAAGGAGCAAUGUGACUGGUUAAGGGAAAGAAUUGAAAUUCCUGAGCCAUACAAGUAUUCUCCGGAUGAAAAGAGACAAAUUUUAGACCGUGUGAUUUGGUCUUGUUCUUUUGAAUCAUUCUUGGCUAGUAAGUUCCCUAACGACAAGAGAUUCGGUUUAGAAGGUGCAGAAUCCGUUGUCCCUGGUAUGAAAGCCAUGAUUGAUACCUCAGUUGAGUUCGGAGUCGAAGACAUUGUCAUUGGUAUGCCACACAGAGGUCGUUUGAAUAUGUUAUCUAAUGUUGUCCGUAAGCCAAAUGAAUCUAUUUUCUCUGAAUUCACUGGUUCAAGAGAAUUUGACGAAGGUUCCGGGGAUGUUAAGUACCAUUUAGGUAUGAACUACGCUAGACCAACUACAUCUGGUAAGCACGUUAACUUAUCUCUUGUCGCCAAUCCAUCUCAUUUAGAAUCCGAAGAUGGUGUUGUGUUAGGUAAGACUAGAGCUAUUCAACAAUAUAAGAAUGACAUUGGCGAAUACAAAAAGGCUAUGUCCAUCUUAUUACAUGGUGAUGCAGCUUUCUCUGGUCAAGGUGUUGUUUAUGAAACUAUGGGUCUUGCUAACUUACCAGAUUAUUCAACUGGUGGUACUAUCCAUAUUAUUGUUAAUAACCAAAUUGGUUUCACUACUGACCCAAGAUUUGCUAGAUCUACCUUAUACCCAUCUGAUAUUGCCAAGUCCAUUAAUGCCCCAAUUUUCCACGUCAACGCAGAUGAUGUAGAAGCCAAUAUCUUUAUUUUCAACUUAGCUGCUGAAUGGAGGGCUACCUUCCACACCGAUGUUAUUAUUGAUCUUGUUGGUUACCGUAAACAUGGUCAUAAUGAAACUGAUCAACCAGCUUUCACUCAACCAUUGAUGUACCAAAAGAUUGCUGAGAAGAAACCUGUUAUUGAUUACUACACCAAGCAAUUAAUUGAAGAAGGUACUUUCACCAAGGAAGAUAUUGAUGAACAUAAGAAAUGGGUUUGGAAUAUCUUAGACGAAUCGUUCUCUAAGUCGAAGGAAUAUCAAUCAACUUCUAGAGAAUGGUUAACCACUGCUUGGGAAGACUUCAAGUCUCCAAAGGAAUUGGCUACCGAAGUCUUACCUCAUUUGCCAACUGCUGUUGAAGAAGACACCUUAAAGAAGAUCGGUACAGCUAUUUCAGAAGCUCCAGAAGGUUUCGAAGUUCACCGUAACUUGAAGCGUAUUUUGAAUGCCAGAAAGAAGUCCGUUGAAACCGGUGAAGGUAUUGACUGGUCGACUGGUGAAGCCUUAGCCUAUGGUUCUUUAGCAUUAGAAGGUUACCAUGUAAGAGUUUCUGGUCAAGAUGUUGAAAGAGGUACUUUCUCUCAACGUCAUGCUGUUUUGCAUGACCAAUCCUCUGAACAGACCUACACUCCAUUAAACAAUUUAUCUGAGGAUCAAGGUGCAUUUGUUAUCUGUAACUCUUCAUUGUCUGAAUACGGUGUUAUGAGUUUCGAAUAUGGUUACUCGUUAACUUCUCCAGACGCUUUAGUUCAAUGGGAAGCUCAAUUUGGUGAUUUUGCUAAUACUGCUCAAGUCAUCGUUGAUCAAUUCAUUUCUGCUGCUGAAUCUAAAUGGAAACAACGUUCUGGUUUAGUCCUUUCAUUACCACAUGGUUAUGAUGGUCAAGGUCCGGAACAUUCCUCCGGUAGAAUCGAAAGAUAUUUACAAUUGUGUAAUGAAGAUCAAAGAUAUUUCCCAUCUCCUGAAUUGUUAGAAAGACAACAUCAAGAUGCCAACAUGCAGGUUGCUUACCCAACUACACCAGCAAAUAUUUUCCACUUGUUACGUCGUCAAAUGCAUAGACAAUUCAGAAAGCCAUUGGUCUUAUUCUUUUCUAAACAGUUAUUACGUCAUCCAUUAGCCAAGUCUGAAUUAUCUGAAUUCACUGGUGAAUCUCACUUCCAAUGGAUCAUUGAAGAUCCCGAAUUAGGUAAGAGUAUUAAUGCUAAGGAAGACAUAAAACGUGUUAUUCUCUGUUCUGGUCAAGUCUUUACUGCCUUACACAAGAAACGUGCUGAUAUUGAAGAUAAAUCUACGGCUUUCAUCAAAAUUGAACAAUUACACCCAUUCCCAUUCGCUCAAUUACGUGAUGCUUUAGACAGCUACCCUGCAUUAGAAGACUUAGUCUGGUGUCAAGAAGAACCAUUGAACAUGGGUUCCUACUCUUACUCUGCUCCACGUAUUGCAACUGUCUUAGAAAAUACUGAGAAACAUAAGGAUAAAUCUUUACGUUAUGCCGGUCGUGAUCCAUCAGCUUCUGUAGCUGCCGGAACUAAGGCUAUGCAUAAUUCCGAAGAAGAAGAGUUCUUGAAAGAAGUUUUCCAGAACUAA